AUGCAAACAGCGUUUUAUAGUCAUCCUGUAUUCUGCUUCUCUUGCAGAAACUUAAGUACAAAUGCAAAGAGGAAUUCGAUUAAAAUUCGUGCACCUUAUCCCUCUCAACUGGAUUCGAAAUGUGAAUUCAAUAGGAGGCCUCAUACUUAUAGCUCUCCCUUCAACAUUAAACCAAAUAGAUUAUUUGUGCUCCCUAACACAAAUGAUGGCCACCCGACUGCUUCUACAGAGGACGAUGAAACAAACACAAAUCAUGCUCCUAAUGUUAUAUCGCCAAUGUUUCUUGACAAUUGGUCACCGCCAAGGUACCUAUGGCGAGGAUUAUCAGUUUUAAUCCUAGCAGGACAAGUUGUUAUGAAGAUUUUAAAGGGAAAGGUUCAUUGGAGGAACACUCUUCAACAACUGGAGAGAGUUGGUCCGAAAUCUGUUGGAGUAUGUCUUUUAACCUCAGCUUUUGUUGGCAUGGCAUUCACAAUACAAUUCGUGAGAGAGUUCACUAGGUUAGGAUUGAAUAGAUCAGUAGGUGGUGUCUUAGCUCUUGCUUUCUCUAGGGAGCUAAGUCCAGUUGUUACAGCAAUAGUUGUUGCCGGACGCAUCGGAAGUGCUUUUGCAGCAGAAUUAGGAACUAUGCAGGUUUCCGAACAAAUCGACACAUUAAGAGUUCUCGGUUCAGACCCUGUCGAUUACCUAGUGACACCAAGAGUGAUUGCUUCCUGUAUCGCCUUACCUCUUUUGACCUUACUGUGUUUUACAUUAGGGUUAGCAUCUAGCGCUCUUCUCGCGGACGGUGUUUACGGAAUUAGCAUUAACAUUAUAUUGGAUUCGGCUCAGCGAUCCCUUCGAGCAUGGGACAUUAUUAGUGCGAUGAUAAAGUCGGGGGCUUUCGGUGCUAUCAUAUCUAUAGUGAGCUGUGCUUGGGGAGUUACAACUAUGGGAGGUGCUAAAGGUGUUGGAGAAUCAACAACUUCAGCUGUUGUUAUUUCUCUUGUUGGUAUCUUUAUUGCUGAUUUUGCUCUUUCUUGUUGUUUUUUCCAAGGAGCUGGUGAUCAGUUAAAGAACUGCAUGUAA